AGCAAUACAAAUUAUUUCAAUUGUGUCAAAAGGAAUGGUGAUAUUCAUGAGCUAAUAUUCUAACAAAAGUGAUUGCGUAAGUAAUAGGAUGCCAAAUGGCUCACAAAGGGUAAAAUAGAAUCACUCUCGUUUAUUUAUGACCACUUCUCCAAAUUAAAACAUGACAUGUCACAAUUACUAAGUAAAAACAAAAGUGCACAUGCACAAACAACACAAGAGGAUGUUGUUAAGCUUGAUAAUUGGUCAAAUUUUAUGUUAAUUAACAUUAUUUUUGUUAAAAAAAAAUGUUAAUUAACAUUCUGUUGCAUGUUUCCGAAUAUCCCUCGUUCCUAGACCCUGAAAGAGAGAAGUAACAAUAGUAGGGAGAAUAAGAAAGAGGAUGUCUGCUUCACGAGAUCUGGAGCUUCUCAUUCCAGUGUCAAAAAUUCCUGAAAAUGGAGGCUCUAAAUCAUCAUCAACUUCUUCGUCACCGGGUGGAAUGGUUCUCUCCACCCAACAUCACUCCGGCCAGGAGGCAUUUUCUAAAGUGAUUCGAAGCUGGGCCUCAAAGAAGUUUAUGACAGGAUGUGUGAUCCUUCUUCCCAUUGCAAUAACAUUCUAUAUCACAUGGGGAUUUGUUCGGUUUGUUGAUGGUUUUUUCUCCCCUGUGUAUAAUCAUCUUGGGAUCAAUGUUUUUGGUCUCGGAUUUGUUACAUCCAUCACUUUCAUCUUCCUAGUUGGAAUUUUUAUGUCAUCAUGGUUAGGAGCUUCUGUCCUUACCUUAGGUGAAUUGUUCAUCAAGAAAAUGCCUCUUGUAAGCUACAUAUAUGCUGCCUCCAAGCAAAUUAGUGCUGCAAUAUCACCGGAUCAAAGCUCUAAUGCUUUCAAGGAAGUGGCCCUUGUUAGACAUCCUCGUAUUGGAGAGUAUGCAUUAGGAUUCAUCACAUCUACAGUUAUACUACGAAAGAGCAGAGAUGAAGAAGAGCUUUAUUGUGUUUAUAUUCCCACCAAUCACCUGUACCUUGGAGAUAUUUUUCUCGUUAGCCCAAAUGAUAUUUUGAGGCCUAAUCUCUCUGUUCGUGAAGGAAUAGAAAUUGUUAUAUCUGGUGGCAUGUCAAUACCUCAAGUAAUGACUACUGGAGAUGCUCAUGCCAAACUUGCCUCAAGAAUCCCCAUAUCCUUUGCAACAUCAAAAGUAUAAUGAUGGGAUAAUUUGUGAGCACAAGUGUGUGUUCAUUUCAAUUGUGGUUUCUGUGUUGAUCAUAGUAAAUAGAAUUUUGUAUUAUCUCUAGGUUGUCCAUUUAUUUAUUUAUUUUAAGAAGGUUGUCCAUUUUAUUCGUUCAA